GUAGGAUGCUGAUCCCGCAUCAUUCGCCAAUGCCAUCAGCUUCGGCUUUAACAGCUCCCCGGAUAUGUUCUCGUCCCAGCUGUUACUUAAAUCAAAUGCCAGCUCAAUAAGCCUAACACUGUAUGCACAUGUGCAUACAUGAUCUUUGUUGAAGGAACUGGGAAACGUUAAAGCACUUACGCCUGGACUAUACAAUUGCCAUAUAUUGGGCUAGCACUUACAUCUUGCCAGCAUGGCUUCCCAAAAGAACGACGCUUUCGGUAACCUGGGACCUUGGAGCGAACCAGCCUGGUACAAUUCGCUCGCUUCUCCUUACUACAAUGACUCUCAUAAGCGACUGAGAGAUGAACUUCGCAAGUACAUCGACGAGAAGGUCAAGCCAUUCAUGUUGGAAUGGGAAGAGAAGGGUGAAGCCCCAGAGCAAGUUCGCUUGGAAUACGCCCGUUCGGGGCACCCAUUCGCGGACGUGCCAGAGCCGUACCGUCCAAAGCAUAUCCCCGGUCCAGCAGGCAUCCCCGUGGGCGAACUGGACAUCUUCCAUCUCCUCAUCGCAACAGACGAAGGAAGCCGAAUCGAGGGAGGCGUUGGAACUUCGUUGGCGGGUGGCAGCGUCAUUGGAAUCCCGCCAGUCAUCCACCAUGGCACGGAGGAGCAGAAGCGCAAAUGGCUCCCAGGUCUGUUCACAUGGGAGACCAGUUUUUGUCUUGGUAUAACAGAACCAAGCGGUGGUUCUGAUGUUGCGAAUAUUCAAACCACAGCCGAGAAGACAAAAGACGGCAAGUUCUACGUAGUUAAUGGCUACAAGAAGUGGAUAACCGGCAUGCCUUGGGCAACCCACAUGACCACCGCGGUACGCACUGGCGGUCCGGGAGCCAAAGGCAUAUCGGUCAUCGUCAUCCCGACCAACUCAAAAGGAUUCACUUGGCGUCGCAUCCCCAACAGCGGCCAGAAUGGCGGCGGCGCCAGCUUUGUGGAGAUGGACGAUGUCCUUGUCCCAGUGGAGAACCUGCUUGGUAAGGAGAACGAAGGGUUCAAGAUCAUCAUGACCAAUUUCAAUAAGGAGCGUUUCAUCAUGGCAGUAGGAUGCAAUCGCAAGGCCCGCACGUGUCUCUCGGAAUCCUUCGAGUACGCUAACAAGCGCCAUACCUUCGGGAAGCCUCUGAUCUCCCACCAGAUCAUCAGCCAUAAGCUGGCGACUAUUGGCAGAUAUGUCGAGAGUCAUUGGGCUUGGCUAGAACAGCUAGCCUAUCACAUCCAGCAGUCUCCCCUGCGCUGGAAUGAUCCAGAGAUAGCUGGUCAAAUUGCCUUGUCAAAAGUUCACGGUGGCCGAAUUCUCGAGAUGGCAAAUCGAGAGGCGCAACAGAUCUUCGGUGGUGCAGGUUAUCAGAAGAGAGGUGGACCUGGUGCAAUCAUUGAGCAGAUGAGUCGCGAUUUGAGAAUGAUGGUGGUUGGUGGUGGUAGCGAGGAAAUCAUUGCGGAUCUUGCCCUGCGGCAGGAAACAGCUUUGGCGAAGAAACGUGGCUGGAAAUUGUAAAGGAGAGGUAGAGGUACGGAGUAGAGUACUCAUAGUGCUGCCUUGCACUCGUAUGUCGACCUAGGUGGGUGGUAGGGUCAUAACAUCUCUAUAUGUGGAAAACUUGCCUUGUUGCUUAGUUGAAAGAAUAGUCUAGAACUUCGAGACAGCCUGGGUCAGCCGGAUCUUUGCCUUCAAUAUUGAAGCCUUCGCAAGAGCACUAGCCAUAGCUGAUGCCAAACGGACAGCGAUUGGCAGUGGUUAACAUCGUCGGAGAGUUCCCGAAUGCCCCUCAAACCAUACAAGACCAAGAGAUC